AUGUUCCCACACGAGAAGGAGAUGAUCGAGAAGGGCGCCGAAACCAUCCUCCACGAAGAGGAUGUGCUCGACAAGGAGAUCGCAGCUCUCAACACGAUCGAAGACACACAAACCUCCAAGGUUGUUUGGCUGAUUGCCAUCUGCGUCUCUGUUGGCGGCUUCUUGUUCGGAUAUGAUACCGGUUAUAUUUCUAGCGUGCUUGUUACAAUUGGCGAUGACUUGGGGCACGAUUUAUCAUCGAGCGAGCAGGAACUCAUCACCUCAAUAACCAGCGGAGGAGCAUUUAUUGGUGCAAUAUUCGCCGGUUUGACCGCAGACCGCUAUGGCCGCAAGAUCUCCAUUUAUUGUGGCUGCGGAGUCUUUGUCGUCGGCGCCAUUCUCCAAGCUGCAGCUUUUGGCGUCGCUCAAAUGACUGUAGGAAGAUUCAUCGUUGGGCUAGGCGUUGGUGAUGCGGCAAUGGUUGUACCUCUGUACAUUUCCGAAAUUGCUCCAGCGAAGUAUCGCGGUCGUAUGAUCACUAUGCAAACCUGCAACAUCACAGGCGGACAAUUCAUUGCGUAUUGCAUUGGAGCUGGGUUCGCCGAGGUCAAAUCUUCCGGCUGGCGAUACGUUGUUGCUAUUGGAGCAAUUCCUGCCAUCGCGCUGGCUUUGUUCCUCCCCUGGUGUCCGGAAAGCACUCGGCAGCUGGUAGCGCACGGAGAACUUGGGCAGGCCGAUACCGUGCUGGCUAGAUUGUAUCCAAAUUCGACCACAGAACAGCGUCAGGACAAGAUUCGAGCUAUCCAGCAAGAUCUGCAUCAGGCCACUGAGCUGAUGGCUCACAAGUCGCUCUGGUGGUCAUACAGACAGCUGCACAUAGUUCCCGCCAAUUUUCGUGCCAUGCUGACAGCGUGCUGCGUGAUGGGAGUAAGCCAACUUUGCGGGUUCAAUACACUGAUGUACUACAGCGGCACGCUGUUUGCCCUUGUCGGCUUCAACAAGCCGGUUGCUGUCUCAAUUGUGGUCGGGGCUUGCAACUUUUUGGGAUGUUGCAUCAACCUGAUCAUUGUCGACCGCUUUGGCCGGCGGAGAAUCCUCAUCUUUACCGUCCUGGGGAUGUCUCUCAGUCUUGUGCUCGCAGCCGUUGCCUUCCACUAUAUUCCAAUCAACUCCAAGGAUCUUACACUCGAGAUCAACAACGUAAACUGGGCUGGCAUUUUGGUACUCGUCACAAUCAUCUUUUACGUGGGCUUCUUUGGCACUGGCGUUGCCCCUGUUUCCUGGAUGGGGGCGGAGCGUCUUCCACUUGAGGUUCGUGCCAUGGGAACCAUGGUCAUGACUGUUACCUGCUGGGGGACCAAUAUCAUCAUUGCCUCAACCUUUCUGUCGAUGAUGAAAUCUUUGAGCCCCAGCGGCGCAUUUGGCUUCUAUGCAGCCAUUUGCUUUCUGGGGUUCUUGUUCGCUGUCUUCUGCUUCGCGGAAACCAAAGGUAUGUCUCUGGAAGAGAUUCGAGAGGUAUUCAACCACGGUUUUGGAGUUCGGUACGCACGUAAGUGGCAGAAACAGCACGCCUUGGACAACAAGAGAGCGGCUGUGUCCGCCUAA